AUGAGGAAAGGUAAGUGAAUUUUUGAUUAAAUGAUUAAUGAGUAUUUUAGGAAUGUUUAAAAAUAUUUACGUACUUUAUUAACUUAAGGCUAAUUUUUAUUUUUUUAGAGAGUGAACGGAGACAUCAGCGGUAAGAUUUAUCUCUCAUGUCUUUGAUUGUGUUUAUGUCGUUUCAAACCGACAAAAGUCUUCUUGCCAUAUGUGUAAAAUGUUUUCUAGACCUGAAAGAAGGCAUUUCCAUGGACAUCGUGAGAGAGGUGAGUUCAGUUGUUUAGUUGUAUCUUGUUUUAGAUGAUAAACGUGUAAACGAUCGAAGAAGAGAUGAUAGAUGGAAGAAAAAAGAGGACGACAAAUCUUUGAUUAAGCUAGACAACCCGGAUUUGGUGCCCAAAGCUCCACGAUACUUUUUAGUAAGUUUUUGAUGUUUAAAAAUUAUUUUUGGAAAGCAGUAUUAGUUGAAUACUUUACUAGCUAUUGUAAUAAAGUAAUUUAUUUAAAAACAUGUUUAUUUAUUAUGUUUUUAGCAUGACAACCGGAUAGAUUACGUACCGAGGAAGCGUUUUGACAAAAGAUUUGAUUCGAGGCGGGACGGUUUUGUAAGUUUUUAUGAUUCAGACAAAGGAAGUCUUACGAAACGACUUAACGUGACGUUGUUUAGCCAUCUUUUUGAAUACUUUUUGGGGUUUUAGCACUUUUACUAGACAUUUUUUGUAUUUUUGGGUGUAUUAGGAAGGUAUUUACGGUUGUAUAGCCAAAGUAAUGUCGAUUAGUGUAAAAUACGACGUACUGCGUUCCUGAAUAUUUAUCAAUGUUUUCUGUCCAAAUUUAACUAGCUGUUGUUGAAAGCACAGUUUUGAAUUUAUAUGAUUUUACAAAGUCUAUAAAGGAAACCAAUCUUUUUCUAACAGCUCCAAAGACAUCUAAUAACUAUGUCUCGAAUUGCUGUUAGUUGGUAUGCAAAGAGGAGACGGAAAUAUUCCUCUACUCUCCGCUUUCCUCUCUCUUUCCGAUUUUCGGAUAAUGUAGCCUCUUUCUGUGAUCAAAGGAUUAUUUUCAGAAGAGUUUCUUACGGCUUAAUCCGUUCUUUAAUUACGGCGAAUUUGAAGUGCAAUAUUCUUUGAAGCAAGCUUUUUUUUUAAACAAAAUUGCUAUCUCAAAAAGAGGUUUAAAUUUGUAAUGUUAAAUAGUCGAUAUCUUAUAUUGCAUGGUUUUUUUACUUUUUUCAAGUAUCUGUGCUUAUUCUUAUUUGAAGAAUAUAAUAGAAUUAAAUCACAACUUUAAACUGAAUUUUAUAAAUCAAACUUUUGUAUUAAAAAAGAAAAGAUAUUUUUUCUAAAUAUUAUGUCACGAGACGUUUAAAACUUUUUUGAGCAAUAUUGAAAAAUUUAUUGUUUAUUGUUUGUAGGUCGUUUUAUAUUGAUAUUACAAUGAAGGCUGAUAGAAUUGAUUUCCAGACACAAAUUAUGCUAAACAAUCGCAUUAUAAUAGUUAUUAGGGCGGUGGAGAUAUAAAUGACAUUCGUACAGCUUUAAAACAAGUUUUUUGUUUUAAAUUUUCAAAAUAAAAAUUACUUUUAAAAUUUAAAAAAAUGAUUAAAAAUUUCUUUUAUGUAUAAGGGAAUAUGUUGUAGUUAAGAAUUUGUGUUUUAACUUAAUUUUGAAAGUUUUUUUGUUGUUCUGACAUUUUAUAAUUGUCAUUUCUUUAAGACUAACCAUAACGGCUUCAACAGACGAGAAUCUCGUCGAGAAGACGACCGUACCAGAAACCCAUGGACCCACGACAAGUACCAAGAGCUUGUUGACGAAGAAGAAGGACAAUGA